ACCGGAAGUUACUCCUUUUACUCUCCUUCCAGACGAGUGAAAAUCCAUACCUCGGUCAUUCUGUUGGAGUCUUUCUCGGAUUAUACACGCUAUCCGUGACUAACCAAAAAUGGGAAAGGAAAAGAUUCACAUUAACAUUGUCGUCAUUGGACACGUCGACUCCGGCAAGUCCACCACCACCGGCCACUUGAUUUACAAAUGUGGUGGUAUCGACAAACGUACCAUCGAGAAGUUCGAGAAGGAAGCCCAGGAAAUGGGUAAGGGUUCCUUCAAAUACGCAUGGGUUUUGGACAAACUAAAGGCCGAGCGUGAACGUGGUAUCACCAUUGACAUUGCUCUAUGGAAGUUCGAAACCGGCAAAUACUACGUUACCAUCAUUGAUGCCCCUGGACACAGAGAUUUCAUCAAGAACAUGAUCACUGGAACUUCCCAGGCUGACUGCGCCGUACUUAUCGUUGCCGCCGGUACUGGUGAGUUUGAAGCUGGUAUCUCAAAGAACGGUCAAACCCGUGAACACGCCCUUCUCGCUUUCACACUUGGUGUCAAGCAGCUGAUUGUUGGUGUCAACAAGAUGGACUCUACUGAACCUCCCUACAACGAGUCUCGUUUUGAGGAAAUCAAAAAGGAAGUUUCCUCUUACAUUAAGAAGAUCGGAUACAACCCAGCUGCCGUUGCUUUCGUACCCAUUUCUGGCUGGCACGGAGACAACAUGUUGGAGCCAUCAACCAAGAUGCCUUGGUUCAAGGGAUGGUUGGUUGAACGUAAGGAAGGCAAGGCUGAAGGUAAAUGCCUGAUUGAGGCUCUUGAUGCUAUCUUGCCACCUGCCCGUCCCACUGACAAGGCUCUACGUUUACCGCUCCAGGAUGUAUACAAAAUUGGUGGUAUUGGAACAGUGCCCGUCGGCAGAGUUGAAACUGGAGUCCUCAAGCCUGGUACCAUUGUCGUAUUCGCCCCCGCUAACAUCACCACUGAAGUUAAGUCCGUUGAAAUGCACCACGAAGCUCUCCAAGAGGCUGUGCCCGGAGACAAUGUCGGAUUCAACGUAAAGAACGUCUCUGUCAAGGAAUUGCGUCGUGGUUACGUCGCUGGUGACUCAAAGAGCAACCCACCUAAGGGGGCUGCUGACUUCACAGCACAGGUCAUUGUAUUGAACCAUCCUGGACAAAUCUCCAACGGUUACACACCAGUCCUUGAUUGCCACACAGCUCACAUUGCUUGCAAAUUCGCUGAAAUCAAAGAGAAGGUAGACCGUCGUACUGGAAAAUCAACUGAAGACAACCCUAAAUCCAUCAAGUCUGGUGAUGCUGCUAUUGUAAACCUUGUUCCUUCCAAGCCCCUCUGUGUGGAGUCCUUCCAGGAAUUCCCACCUCUUGGACGUUUUGCUGUCCGUGACAUGAGACAAACCGUGGCUGUAGGAGUCAUCAAGGCUGUUAACUUCAAGGAAGCUGGUGGUGGCAAGGUCACUAAGGCUGCUGAAAAGGCCACCAAGGGCGGCAAGAAGUAGCUAACAUUGUCAACAGCACAAUUUUUCAUACAGCUGCGAUACUUCAUACACCGCAAGGUGUUCCGAAGGAAAGAAGGCUACAAACUCAUUCCUUUUCUAUAUUUUUUACAUGGCUUAUACUGUAACAUUAUUUUAUAAUUUAUAAGGGUUUAAUAUAUCGUAUAUCUGAGAUAUUUUGUUACGACUUCCAACUAUAUGUAAAUUCAUAGAAUAAAGUAGCCUACAAAAUUA